GUCGCAAUGCUCGGUUUUGCUUCAAUUUCCACGCGAUAAAUUGCAAACCGCGACCAGGAUUGAGUUUCUGCAGUCGCCGGAGUAUAAAAUGCAUGCGAAUCUCCACUUGAGCCUUCGCAAUGGAGAUCUCUGGGAAGAGUGCGCUCAUCACGGGCGGCGCGAAUGGCAUCGGCUUGGCGAUUGCCGGACAGUUUCUCACCUGUGGCGGACGGAAGCUCGCUCUGGUGGACGUCCAGGAGCCGCAGAGUGACUUGCUGGCGUCCUGGAGGUCGCAGUAUCCGGAUUGUGCGGUGGAAUUCCUGCCAGGCGACGUGACAGACGAGCAGAGCCUCAGGCGGAUCUUCCGGAGAGUGUCUGAGCAGUUCCAGGGAAUCGAUAUCGUGGUCAACAGCGCCGGAAUCUUCGAUGAGUGCGACUUCGAGCGGAUGUUCAGGGUCAAUGUGUGCGGCGUGAUCAAUUCCUCCCUCCUGGCCAUCGAACUCAUGCGCCAAGAUCGCGGCGGCAGGGGCGGAAGUGUGCUCAACAUCUCCUCCAUCGCCGCCCUGAAUCCCGUCCUGGCGGCUCCGCUGUAUUCCGCCACCAAGCAAGCCGUGCUCACGAUCACUUCCAGCUUCGCCGACGACUUCUUCUUCAGCCGCUUCGGCAUCCACUUCCACACUCUCUGUCCAGGCGCCACGAACACGCGCCUCUUCGUGGAGUCCUUCGACGCGCGCUGCCUCUUCCCCGAGUUCGCCACUCUCUAUCACGCCGCCAUGGCGAAGUACGCCGUCCAGGACGUUCAAUGCGUGGCUCAGGCCGCUCUGGAAGCGCUGCGAGAUCACAGAAAUGGCAGUGUCACCGUCAUCGACGACGGCCAAGUUAAAUGCAGUCAAUAAAACUACUCGUUCUUCUUCAGCAUCGCCUCUCGCCACUCCUCCGGAUGCUUGCGCUUCUGAUGCGAGUAUCUGUUGGCGUUGCUGUUGAACAUCUUGUCGCAGA